UUAUACGUUGGUUUGGAGUCUACAAUCCAAACCCAAUUAUGUUUGGCCUCUGCGCUCCAGAAACGCGAACGUUCGGAUUCUACAGUCCGAAGAGGAAAUAUAUAAAAGAAUUUUGCGUUGAGAUUGCUUGGACUGUUUUAGACCGUCUAGGGUUUAUCUGAAGCGAUUACUUGGUUCUCUCAAUCCCUUCAAUUCUCACAACUUCAAUUACUCGGUUCUCUCAAUCUCAAUCUCAAUCCCUUCGAUUCCCUUCCAUUCUUACUCAAGUCAGACGCUAGUAGGGGAGUAUUUGGAUCGUAAAUUCCGAAUGAAAGACAUUAUAAGAAUGACAUAUGAAGUUGGGAGACAAAGAGCUGGAAGGGAAAGUAGAGCACACAGCUCUGCACGUAGAGAGGUUAACCCAGGACGGUCUACGAGGAAAAGAGCAGCUGCAUCAACCUCGUCUGAGCCUGAUGCUCAACCUCAGCCUGAAGCUCAACAUGAGACUGAAGUUGAGCAAGACAUGGAUGCUGAACAGAAUGAAUUGGAUGCUGGAGUUGAGUCUGAAGACGAAGCGGAGGUUCAUCAACCAUCACCACCACCACCACCACCAACUAAACAACGAAAAAGAAAUCCAAGAACAACAACUGGAAGAAACCCACCACCAGUGGUAGAACCACCAGUUACGGUAUUUGGUGGUGGUCCAUCUGAUUUGUCGUUGUUGCCGUCUUUUGGAAAGCAUGUUGCGGCUGCGUUGUGGAGAGGAGAAUGUACCGAAAGGUAUCUCAAGUGCCUGAACCACGGGAAGAAAAUCAAUGUGCUUGAUAAACCGGACUCUAAUCUAAAAUGGUUUUGGGAUGUGGUUGAUGCUAGUGGACUGCGACCCCUAUUGAAGACUAAUUACAAUCAUGUUGGCUGGGGACUUUUGACGGCAUUUACGGAGCGAUGGCAUCCAGAGACCGGCACUUUCCAUCUUCCUAUUGGUGAGAUGACCAUCACACUUGAUGAUGUUUCUUGUUUGCUUCAUAUUCCGAUAUCGGGAAAGAUGCUCAACCAUCUUGGAACGUGCUGCACCGUGGAGGAAGGCGAAGAUAUGUGUGAGGAGUUCCUUAACUUCAGCAGGGCGGACUGUAAGGAAGAGUUCGCCAAAAUGAAAGGAGCUCAUAUUGGAUAUCCCAAGCUGCUGGACAUAUACGGUGACAAUUUGAAACUAGCAUUGGCAGCUGAAAACAAUCGUGAGGAGCCUCACGUGGUACAAUACUAUAGGGAAUGCACCGUUAGAGCUUUUUUGCUCUACUUGAUAUGUUCAACCAUUUUCACCAACAAAAGUGGCCAAUAUGCGGAUGUCAUUUUUCUGACUUACUUGCAAGACAUUGAGCAACUUAACACUUGGAAUUAGGGUGCUUCUGGACUCGCAUAUUGCUAUAACUACUUGGAUCAUGCAAGUCGCCCUAAAUGCGGAAAUCAUGGUGGUUACAAUUCUAUGUUUCAGGCAUGGAUUAUGGUGCAUUUCGAGAGGUUCGGAAUGCAUUGUCUUGCAGCGAACUACACCCAUCAAGAUCCAGUUGCAUCAAAAUUUUAUGCCUCGAAACAAGGCAAAUAUCCAUUAGAGACUAGGACCGUAUUGGAUCGGAUGGAGGUUGAUGAAGUGACAUUUUGUCCUUAUGAGGAUCAUCGCCAGGCGCGUCCAUUUCAAGAUAUAAGUUGGUA